UCGGGAGCACUCGCUCAUAAAAUGAACACGCUAGUUUGGAGCUUUGCCACGUUGGCUCUGUCGUUCGAUUGCGGAAAAGCUGCGAGUUACGAUAAUUUGAAGAUGGAGCUCGUUCAAGUGCUUUUCAGACACGGAGCUCGUACUCCACUUGCGCGAUCACUGGACUUCUACACCGGUGCCAAUCGAUCGAUCUACGAACCUUGGGGUAUUGGAGUGUUGACCAACGUUGGCAAGCAGCAGGCUCAUAAUUUAGGUUUAUUUUUGCGAAGCCGAUACAGACAUCACUUGAGCAUCGAUUACAAGGCCGAAGAAUUGUACGCUUAUUCGAGCGUCGAGGACCGGACAAAAACUACUAUGGAAUUGGUAUUGGCGGGUCUUUAUCCGCCGACGGCAGGUACGAUAUGGAAUUCGUCUCUGCUAUGGUCACCCGUGCCGUUCCAAUGCAUUCCCAAGCAACUCGACGUUAUCCUGAGAGGCUUCCAAACUCCCAAGUUUUUGAGGCUCCUCGAGCUCGUGCGAAACUCGACGGAGUAUAGGAGAAGGCACGAACGAUUCGCGGAAGCACUGAGCUUGCUGGACGAGAAAACGGGAGUCAAGGCCACCGCCAAUUUUUCGACGCUAACUUACAUUUUCGAUGUUUUAUACGCGAACGAGUACAUCGACGCAGCGCUGCCCGAUUGGUACACGCCUAAAAUAAGAGAAACUCUGUUAGAGGUGCAAAGGCAAGAAUACGACGACUACGUUCGCACGCAAGAAAUGCGCGCGAUUGGAAUUGGAUUUCUCGCUCGAACUUUGCUGGAAAACAUGAAUCUUAAUGAGACGAAAAACAACCCAAGAAAGAUUUAUUUGUACUCCGGACACGAAUCGGACCUGGCUCUGUUUACCAGGGUACACGGCAUACGCGAGUUCAGCUAUCCACAUUUUGGAGAUGCAUUGAUAUUUGAAAAAUGGCGCGACCCCAAGGACGAAGUAUACGUGAGAUUGCUCGCCUGGAGAGGAAACGAAAAUCUGUUGACAUUGAAACUUGGAAGGCACAAUAACUUUUGUCCCAUCAAAGAUUAUUUAAAGAUCGUUACACCAUUUAUGCUUCACGAUAAUGGAGUGGAUGAUAUCCUAAAAGAAUACAGUCUAACUCAGCUGAAAAGCUUUCUCUACGAAGAUACCGUCGUAACGGGAUAGCGAUAAGAUCGUUUGAUAACAACUUUCCUUUCUGUGAUUUAGAGAAGCUAUGCGUGUACGACACCUGCGAAGAUAGUCAAUGAGCAUGUUGAGCUUGGUAUUUCCAACGUCUAGCUCAUAAUUUUCAUUUAUGUUAUUUUUUUUUCAAUUAUACAAGAAAUUCAAUGUCAAACUAUUUUAUUAAUUAACCGUUUCAGAGAUGAAUAUUCAAGGAAUGACUCAUCAUUUUUUUUGAGCAAUGAAUAUCCACCGCAGACUACUGAAAAAUCCAACUUCUUUAUUUGUAUUAUUCUUCCAGUUUUCGUUUCUUUGAUAAAGUGAUUGAUGCAAUAUGUCAAAAAUUCCGUAUCGUUUAAUACUCAAGUACACGUUUUUUCUGUAUUCCAUAAGUAAAACAAAUUACUUACACUAAAAUCGCUGAUCAAUGAAUUGUUGUUGUUAGAACUGCUUUUUUUAUUUAGACGUCACGC